ACAGCAGGAAAAGACGAUCCAAAACCAAGGGCAAGUAACACUUUACAGAGUGAGGAGGCCGAGGGCCGAGAUGACCCUCGCCACAGCUACGUUUAAUACCAUGCAAUUAAAGCACGUAAUUUAUGACCGGACAGGGCACCAGUGCCACGUUUUGGCCACAGCCAUACACAUACCUCGGUACUAGGCAGGCUUGGCCCUACCGUCGGGAAAAGAGCCAAUUUCCUUCCCUUCGGGCCGACGGGGCUGUGGGUGACUCCACGCAGGCCCCGCCCGCCGCCAGCGCCGCCCCUCGGGCCGAGCAGCUGCGGCCCCCGAUCCGUGUGGGGCCGUGUGGGGCCGUGUCGGGGCCAUGUCGCGACACAGGCGGGUUCUGCGGCGGCAGCCCGGCGGGGCUGCGGGGGACUGGGCUGCCGGCGCCGCGGGGCGCGCCCGGGCCGAGGCCCUCAGGGAGGUCGGCGUGGACGAGGUGGUGGAAAUGGCGGUGCAGCUCGCCCUGGAGCGGUUCCGGAGCGGGGACGAGGCGGGUGCGCGGCACAGCCCGGCCCGGGGGCAGCCUGCGGCUGUUGGGAGGGCGCUGGCAGCGGGUCAGGGAGGGGAUCCUGCCCCUCUGCCCGGCCCUAGUGAGGCACGGCUGGGGUGCUGUGUCCGGCUCUGGGCUCCCCAGCACAGAGACAGGGAGCCACUGCAGGGGUCCGGCAGAGACCACCGAGAUGAGAUGAGAGAGAUGGAAUUUCCUUCUAGUUUCACUAGUACUGAAAGAGCAUUUGUUCACCGUCUCUGUCAGUCUCUUGGACUGGUAUCUAAAAGCAAAGGGUGAGUCAGGGUACAAUUUUCAGUUUUUUGGUGCAGACCAAUAGAAUUUCAAGACUAAUGAUAACCUGACUGAUG